AUGGACUCUGUUUCACAAUCUUUUCCUCUAGCUGCAGUGGCCGUGGACAAGGAUAAGAGCAGCCAAGGAGCCUUGAAAUGGGCCCUCGAUAAUGUCGCAGUCAGGGGCCAAACCCUCAUCCUCAUUCACGUCAACACUCAUGCCGUUUCACCGGAUAGCAUACGCAGGGAAAUACUUACUCCUUUUCGAUGUUUCUGCACCAGAAAAGAUAUCAAAGUCAUGGAUAUGAUCUUGGAGGGCACUGACGUAGCUAAGGGCGUAGUGGAGUUCAUCUCUCAGUCGGGGAUCAACAAACUAGUCGUCGGAGCAUCGAGAGGAGGCUUUGUGAGAUCAUUCAGAAACUUGGACAUCAGCGUCAACAUUUACAAAACCGUGCCUGAUUUCUGCACUGCUUAUGUGAUAAGCAAAGACAAGCUCUCCUCUGUUAAAAAUGCGAUCCGACCAGCUCCGGCCGUUUCGCCUUUGAGAAUCCAGCUCCAGAAACAAGCCAACGCAGAUCAACCAAGUCAACAGGAGAAGAAAGGUCACCUAAUUGCAUCUAUGCAUUCAUAUGUAGAUGACGCAGGCGGUGACAUAUCUUUUAAUCAGAGGGAGGAGGAGCAAUUCUUCCUCAGGAUCUAUUGCCUGCCUGACAACGACCUUGCUCACAGCUUCGAGUCUCGACUAUCGCCUCGCAAGUCUGUGGGUGUUCAUUCCGCUAUGAACGGGUACUCUUUUUCUCAGGAGAGCUUUGCAUCUGACGCAUCGGAAUAUCAAGAAGCAGAGAUAAAUAGACUGAAACUGGAACUCAAGCAGACAAUGGAUAUGUACAACGCAGCUUGCAAGGAAGCGCUUCUGUCUAAACAGAAGGCAAAGGAGCUCCAUCACUCGAAGAUGGAGGGGAAACAGAGACUCGAAAUCGCCCGACUCGCGGAAGAAGCCGCCUUGGUUCUGGUAGAGAAGGAGAAAGCAAAGUGCAAGGCAGCAUUGGAAGCAGCCGAAGCAGCCCAAAGGAAGGCUGAACUGGAAGCGCAUAAAAGGAGAGAAGUGGAGAUAAAGGCCAUGAAACAAUCCGUCGACAAGAAUCCCUCGAAUUCGUUUGUGCAAACGGACGCGAGGUACAGGAGAUACAAGAUCGAGGAGAUCGAGGAAGCCACAGAGUACUUUGCGGCGGACAAAAAGGUUGGAGAAGGAGGGUACGGUCCCGUCUACAAAUGCUAUCUCGAUCACACGCCUGUUGCCGUCAAGGUACUGCGACCGGAUGCAGCCCAGGGGAGGUCUCAGUUUCAGCACGAGGUUGAGAUUCUAAGUUGCAUCCGGCACCCAAACAUGGUCCUCCUCCUCGGUGCUUGCCCGGAGUACGGUUGCCUGGUGUACGAGUACAUGGCGAAUGGGAGCUUAGAGGAUCGCUUAUUCCGGCGGGGGAACACGCCGCCCAUUCCCUGGCAAUAUCGGUUCCGCAUCGCCGCAGAGAUCGCCACGUGCCUUCUCUUCCUCCACCAAACGAAGCCGGAGCCUCUGGUUCACAGGGACUUGAAGCCUGCAAACAUCCUGCUCGAUCAGAACUACACCAGCAAGAUAAGCGACGUCGGCCUGGCCCGCCUUCUCCCGCCCUCCGUGGCAGACCAAGUCACUCAGUACCGCAUGACGACGGCGGCCGGGACGUUUUGCUACAUCGACCCGGAGUACCAGCAGACAGGCAUGCUCGGCACCAGGUCUGACAUUUACUCCUUUGGAAUCCUGCUGCUGCAACUGAUCACUGCGAAGCCUCCCAUGGGGCUGACCCAUCAAGUGGACCGCUCGAUCGAGACGGGAACGUUUCGACAGGUGUUGGAUCCCUCCAUCCAAAAUUGGCCGAUCGAUGAAGCUUUACGGUUCGCCAAGUUAGCACUCACCUGCGCAGAGCUGAGAAGGAAAGACCGGCCGGACCUAGGAACAGUCGUAUUGCCGGAGCUCAAUUGGCUGAGAGCUUUUGGGGAAGAAAACACGCAGCAAUUCGCAGUGGACAACAACGUCGGCACCUCAUCGUCACACAAUCGAGUUUCUGUGCAGGAUAUCAGGAGUGGCCCUUUGCAUCAGCAAUCAGGAUAUCAGAGCUCGAGCCAAUUUAGCGGAUCGUCGAUCAACUGA